UCUCUCUCUCUCUUCCACACACAGUCGGCUCUGGUCUCUGUUUCUAUUUCAGCUCGGCUCUCAGACGGCUGUCAUCAUGGCUCGCUGCUGGAGCUACUUACGAGGACUCUCCAUCUGCGUCACCGUGCUGCUGCUGGUAUCUGGUGUGGUGAUGAUCGGUGUUGGGUAUUCAUCAAUUGAAGGCAACGUACCUGUUGCAGAGUUGUUCGACCAGUUGUCCAUCAGCGAUGGUUUACUGGCUCUGCAGGUGUUUGGUCCAAUCACAGUGGUUCUGUCUGUUCUGGGCAUCAGUGCUGCAGCUUCAAACUGCAAACCUUUGCUUCUGCUGUUUUCUGCACUGAUAUUUGUGGAGUUUGUUGCCAUGAUGGUUGUCGCCUCACCUUUGGUUCACGUUGAAGCACAGAUGAACUUUGCUGUGGACGAAAUUUUCCUGAAUGUGACACCUCUUCACAGAGCUGAUCGCUACAUCCAGACUGAACUGCAGAAACUCCAGACCUCGGAUUCCUGCUGUGGUUUAAGAAGUUUUGAAGAUUGGGGAAAUCACCUUCCUGAUUCCUGCUCAUGCACGCCACAUGUUGACCUGAGCUCCCAGCCCAGUAACUCCAGCUUACUGGGAUCCUGUGUAAUGGCUGGAGCUAAUCUUCACCUUCCAGACUCAACGACUUCAGAUAAAAUCUGGGUUCACUCUGAGCCUUGUGGUCCCAUCCUAAAGAGCUACCUGGGCUUCCCAAUCAAACUCAGGAUUGGAAUAAUUUCCGCCUUUGCCACCAUCACGAUAACGGCCAUUGUUCUGUGCCUGACUCUGGGUCUAGAGGAACGCUUGAGGAAGCCUCCGGUAGAGACAACAGUCGACGACUUCAACAGAGUGAAAUACCAACCGAAACCUUCCCUCUCCUGACCUCUGACCCCUGAACCCUGAGCCAAACAGAAAAGACACUGAUGCAAACACGUAGCCUUUAAAUGGCGCUUGUGAGAACAACACGGGAAGUCCUGUAAAGUUAUGGACUUAGUCAAGAGAACCAGAAACGGACACCAUUCAUGGACGUGCUAAAUACCACCUUUUAAAGAAGACUGUUGGUUUCCUCCAUCAAGGCAUGAUUUUAAUUUUUAAGUUGAUUUUAAGACCAGAUUUAGUUAUUAAAACACAUAACUGUGAUGAAAACAGAGCCAACCUUUAGGCAUAGUUCAUGCAUAUCUGAUAAAUGAGGUCUGAACUGAGAAUAUCAUUUCAGAAGCUUGAUGUUAGUCUCCUUUCUCCAUUCCAACACCAGCUGAGAUUUAUCUUUGGCAUCAUUUUCCUGUCCAGCUGCUUAUUUGACGAGCUGUGCAUUGCACCAGUGCUAAUGACAGACCACAGCAUGAUGAUGCCACCACCAUGCUUUACAGCCUCAAACAUAUUUCUUGUCACUCCGACCAAACAGCUCAAUAUUUGCCCGUCAUUUCAUGGCGGGCUGGAACCUUGGGCUGUUCCUGAACACCUUUAAGGGUCAGAUGUUGGAAACAGGGACACAGUUGGGUGCUCCAAUAAUCCCAACUAACAGAGCAGGCUAACAUCAACCUUCUUGGAAUGCCCUUCCCAAAAAUGUAAUCAACAUUACUUGAACAUUUGAAAACCAACUAGUUUAAAUGAACUAUCCCAGUUGUGCAAAGAAGAGUUUUCAAAUAUCCAGCCAGAAAGAUGCCAGAAGCUUAUAGAAAGCUACUGAAUGUGUGUUGUCUUUCUACUUACUAAGGUACAAACCAAGUAUUAGUGGCUGUAGGUAUCUAUUUGAGCCUGGAUGCAUAAUUUUGACCCUGUGUAAAAAUUCUAACUGGUGCUCCUAUUCUUGGUUUUAAAAAGAGUUUUGAAAUAUUAUUUCACCCUGUAAACUAAAACUCCAAAAGGAAUACAGCUUUCAUUAUGAAUAUUCCAUUCAAUUUUCUUUUUAACGACACAAACUUCAGUUUUUUAUUGUUUUCUUGGGAAAUUUGAUCUUACAGGGACUAACAAAAUCAUAGUGGUGGAUCAGGACUCCUGCUUCUAUACUUCUGAGCAGCACACUGGUGGUUUUUAAUGAUAUUGCUUAUUUUUGACCUUAGUGAUAUUUAUAAAUGGGAGUCAGAGUGUUGAAAAAGUUAUUAAAUCAGCUUUACUAAACCUUAAAAAGUUUCUUUAAUGUUUGCAGGAUGAAUGUCAGAAAUUAUAAAUUUAAAAAAUACCUUUUUAAUUUUAAUAUAUAUAACAAAUUCAGUUUUCUUAUCUGAAGUGUGCUUUGUAAAUAAAGUGUGCUUUUACUUUAAA